ACAGGACAGUGCACACUCAUGCUUUGGGCAAUGAGAGACAUUGUUAAAAAGUACAGACCUCAGUCAUUGUCAGAGUCCAAGGGCUUUAUCGAACAAAGAAUUGUUCUUUCUGACCUUCCAAUGAUAUCUUUUGUGAGACUGGGUGAAUGCUCCUUGUCCAAGUCAGAGAUCCUCAAUAAGCUGCUGAGCAAUCCUCAGCAGUACCAUGAUACCUUUGUUCACAGAAACAUGGAGUGUGGUGACAGUCCAAGAAGAAUAUCCAAUGGACUGGCUGAGAUUACUUGGUACCUUCCAUGUGGGAACAAAAACAUGGAUAUUUUCAGUGAGCCUGUAGCUGUGGCUAACCUUCGUGGGGACAUCGCUUCAUUUGAAACACAAUUUUCUUUUUUGUGUCAGACAUCUGCAGCAGUUUUUGUGUUCUUUGACCAUUUAGACUCUGAGUGUGAGCUGUUUAUCAACCAACACCACAAGGCACAGAUCUUCUUGGUGGGUAACAAUCACAGCAAGCAUUUCUGUUUAGAUGCUCUAAAAAGGGUAGCUACCAAAUUGGGCUUGACUAAAAGCAACAUCCUUAUAAAGACUAAGCAGAUGAAUGAUGCUGACUUUGUCAAAAAAUUGCAGAAAACAGUCAGCAAUGCAGUUGAGAACUCAAAGAUGAAGAUGAGAAUUGAGAAGAUGGUGGACAUUGCAAAUGAACUAAGAAUCUUGGUUGAUGAAAACUUUGCAGAUUGCCAGACUGCCAAGAAAAAUGCAGAUGCCAUCACUGCAGAAAUUCAAGACAUCCUUAAAUACAAGGAUACUCAGCUACCCUUGCAAGGUGAAAUAUGGAAAGAACUGACUCGCUUAGAGAAGGAACAAUUUCGUCUUCGAAAUGUGGGGUCUGAAAACAUAGAAAAAUACAAAAGUGAUCUUGAGGUACAGAAAACAAAACUUCGAAAAAAGCAGAACUCUUAUGACAUGUCAAAUGCAAUGACAUGUUUUAUCAAUGCAAUAUCAAGCCCUGGAAUAGAGAGGUGCUUUUUCCUGAAAUGGAUGCGAAUGAACCUUGAUAACCUGUCUCGAGAAAAACUGUCUGGCCUCCGGGAGCAGUACAAAAAGAAAUGUAAAAAUUCUGAGAACAAAGAGGAGAUCAAAGAAAUUGACAAACAACUUUCCAACAGCUCGCUG